AUGGACGUGAGCACGGGGAGCCGCUCCCCCCGAGAGGAGCUGGAGGACGGAGAGAUCUGCGACGACGAGACAGCAGCAGCAGCAGCAGCAGCAGCGGCCUCCAGCAGCACGACUUCCGCCUCCGGAGGCCGCACGGUGGCCCGCACGGUGGCCCGCACGGUGGCCCGUUCCCUGCGGGCCCGUUCCCUGCGGGCCACCGGCAGCAGCAGCAGUGCGGGCCGAGCGGGCCCGACCGGCCCCCGCGGCCUGCAGCCCGCCUCCUCUGCUGCUGCUGCCGGGGCCCGCAGGGACCGGGGAACGGGGGCCGAGGCCGAGGGGGCUGGAGCCGAGGGACCGGGGGCCAGGGCCGAGGGACCGGGGGCCAGGGCCGGGGCCGAGGGACCGGGGGCCAGGGCCGGGGACCCCGGGGGCCCCGAGGAACCCGAGGGACCCGAGGACCCGAGGCCGGGGAGGCGGAAUCAGCCGAGGGCCCCCGGACGGUACGGACCCGGAGACAGUCCCGGAGAGAACCACUCUCCCCAGAGGAAACAGAAGCAGCUGAUGAGGAACCAGAGCAGGAAAGCUGCCCACACGGUUUCUAAACCAGAGACCGGUGUGGACGAGUCCUUCGAGGACCUGCUGUCCAAGUACAAGCAGAUCCAGCUGGAGCUGGAGUGCAUCCGCAAAGAGGAGACCAGGGCACUAGAGCCCACGGGGGCCCCGGGCCCCCCCACAGCCCAGACCCCCGACAACAGUGCCAGUAUGACACAGAGCCAACCAGCACCGGCUCCUGGACCUCCUUGUGGACCUGCUCCUGGACCUGGAGCUGCUCCUGGACCUGGAGCUGAACCGGCUCCUCAGGGUCCAGCAGCAGAGGACUCGUUGGAGCUGGAGAAGGUGGAGGAGAAGAAAGUGUUCCAGGCAUUCAACAUCAAACCUCUCCGUCAGAAACUUCCUCCUCCUGCCGUUCUGGAGGAGCUGAAGAAGAAGCGUGAGGAGCAGGAGAGAGGAGGCGCCGCUGACCUGGAGGGUGGUGAAGAAGAAGAAGAGGAAACACAAGAUGGAGCAGAAACAGAACAGAAAGCUGAAGAGGAGUCAGAGGACAUGAAGAAGAAGAAGAAGUCGUGUCUGUUCUGCAGCGAGGAGACAAACAAAGAAGAAGAAGAAGAAGACAAAACUAAACGAACGUGUUUGUGUCGCAGAGAAUCAUCGGCCUCCAGUGAGGACUCCGUCAUCUCUCCUGACAAGCCGUUGGUGAAGGUGGAGGAGGAGGAGCUGUCGGAGCUGCAGCUGCGCCUCCUGGCUCUGCAGUCGGCCAGUAAGAAGUGGCAGCAGAAGGAGCAGCAGGUGAUGAAGAGGAGCAAAGAGAGGAUCAGCAAACCCGCCCCCCCCAUCAGGACCAGGGUCACCACCAGGUCCGCCUCUGCCGCCGCCGCUGCCGAGAGGAACCGGACCAGGUCCAAACCUCUGGACAGGGACCGAGACAGAACCAAGACCGGACCCAGACCAGCUGACAGAGAGAGGCCCAAAGCCAGUCCUAAACCUGGACCCAAGGCUCCGCUGGAGAGGAGCCGAGGUCAAGGUCCAGGGAGGGUCCACCUGAAGAUGAUCAGUCCAGGCUCGGCGGCGAAGCAGGCGUUCAGGAAGCAGCAGCUGAGGACCUGGAAGCUGCAGCAGCAGAGAGACCAGGAGGAGAACCGGAGACAGGAAGAGGAGGAGAGACGCAAACGAGAAGACGAGAUCCGGCGGAUCCGGGACCUGUCCAACCAGGACGAGCAGUACAACCGCUUCAUGAAGCUGGUGGGAGGGAGGACCAGGACCAGCAGCAGAUCCAGAGACGGAGAACACAGGAAGUCUGCAGGUAAACAGGGACAGGACGGCUCCGGGAACCUGUACCAGUACGACAACUAUGACGAGGUCGCCAUGGACACGGACAGUGAGACGGGUUCACCAGUGGCGUCACCAAAUCACAACCAUCUGACUGCAGAAGAUCCAGCAGGUUUCCCUCAGCUGUCUCCUUUUGUCUCCGACUGUCUUCAGUUUGGACUGCCGUUUCUGUCCUCCAUGCUGUCGGCGGUUCCUCCCCCACCUCCUCCUCUCCCCCCCCCACCAGACGAGCUGGAGCCUCCUCCCAAACCUCCCUUUGCUGAUGAGGAGGAGGAGGAGGAGAUGCUGCUGAGGGAGACAUGUCUCAUGUCCAUGGCCAACAAGAGAGUGACGACCUCAGAGGAGAACAGCUCCAGCGGUCCUCCGUCUCCCGCCGGUCCUCCUGUCCAUCAGCAGCCAAUCAGAGGAAACCUGAGCACCGUCAACCUGAACACCGUCCCUCAGCCACGAAGCAGCAAGUUCACCAGAGGACACCACGCCGCCAGAGCGCCGCUGGUGCUGCCCAGACACAAGUCAGUGGUGGUGUCUCUCAUUGACUCAGAGGACAGCGACUCAGACGUGGACGCCUGCAGCUCCACCCAGACCUUUGGAGGACUGGAGUCCAUGAUCAGAGAGGCCCGGAGGACAGUGGAGGCAGCGAAGCCUAAAGCGGCGUCGGGCUGUGAGAAGGAGAACAACCCGGUCCGGACUCCAGAGGCCUUACCUGAGGACAAGAGGGCCGAGUACCGCCUGCUCAAAGAGGAGAUCGCCAGCAGGGAGAAGCAGAAGAUGAUGAAGGACCCCAGUCCUCGGAGCUCCUCGUCCCCCGUCGUCUCCGACCCCUCAGUUAAAGCCGCCGCAGAGCUGAGAGCGACCGAGGCAGAGCAGAGGCUCAGCAAGCACAGAGAGCUGCUGCAGAGGGACGAGGCCGUCCUGAGACAUCUGCUGCAGCAGGAGCUGAAGAAGAGAGACUCUCUGAAAGCUGCUGAGGCCAAAGUGGUGAAGCUCCGAGAGCAGCUGCAGGCCUCCGAGAAGAUCGUCAGCGCCAACAGGACGCUGCUGAAGAAGCUGCAGGAGCAGGUGCACCGCGUUGAACAUCGGGUGUCCAUAAAGAAGAGUCUGUCCGUCCGCUUGGAGGAGGAGCUGUCUCAGGCCCAGCUGGCUGCAGGUAGAGGGACAAAACGCAGAGCGGACUCCAACCAGACUCUGCCCAGUAAGCUGCAGCGAGUGGACGGAGCUCCUCGAGGUUCCGAGCGUCACUUUGCUCAGCUGAUCGCUCAGAAGCAGCGUCUGCAGCAGCUGGAGUCGGAGUACGCUCUGAAGAUCCAGCAGCUGAAGGAGACCCAGGCCCUGUGCAACAGGGGAGUCCCUUCAGAGCCGCCGCCCGCCGCCGCCUCUCCACCCGCCGAGCCUCAGAGCCAGCCCCCGCCUCCCACCUCCUUCCCCCUUCCCCAGCCCUCCCUGCACGACCUCACCCAGGACAAGCUCACCCUGGACAGUGAAGACGUCCCCGAGGUCGACGACCACGAAGCAGAACCGGCUCCCAUUAAAGCGACCCGCAGGAACUCCCUCCGUCAGUCCAGCAGCUCCUUCACCAAACCCAACCUGGACCAGCCCAGCUCCACCCCCGCCAAAGACACCAAACCGGCCAAAGGCCCAGCCAGCAGUAAGCCUCCUGCUGAGCUGUUUGCUGGGCUGGACCUGGAGUCCCUGAAGCUUCGGUACCAGCAGCAGGCCCGGCUGGGAGAGCUGCUGCAGAGAGAGCUGCAGAAGGUGGGGGGACACACUCGCGCCCCCCCCGCUGGACAGGUGGUCUCGGUGGAGGUGGUCUCGGUGGAGGUGGACGCAGCCAACAGCCAAUCAGGGAGCUCAGAUCUGACACCUGUUCCCUUUGGACCCUAUCACAGUCCUCUGCUGGUCUUCAGGUCUUACAGGUUCAGUCCGUACUACAGGACCAAGGAGAAGCUGUCUCUGAGCUCCGUCACAUACAGUAACUCCAUCGAAGUGAGGAGGAGUUUCUGUCGCUUUGACCUCACAGGAACCUGCAACGAUGACGAGUGCAGAUGGCAACACAUGAGGAACUGCACUCUGACUGGAAGCCAACUGUUCCAGGACAUCCUGUCCUAUAAUCUGUCUCUGAUCAGCUGCUCCGAGGUCAGCUCGGACGAGGACGUCGCUGUCUCCACAGAAAAGUACAUGAAGAAGCUGUUCGGCACAAACAAAGACCGGAUGGGCGUCGACCAGAAGGCUGUCCUCCUCGUCAGCAAAGUGAAUGAGAGCAAAAGACACGUGCCUCCAUUCACCACCUGUAAAGACACGAGGACAUGGAGGCCGAAGCCGUCGGCACAGAGCAGCUUCAGCCCGGAGGACGACAGCGAGGACGAGUCUGCAGGAGGACACCUGACGACGGGGAGACACGACGUAUGGAGGACCAGCCUGUCUGCUCUGGACGUCUGCGUCACAUCGGAGGACAAGCGUUAUUUUGUCAGUGAGACGGACGACAUAUCAAACCUGGAGACCAGCGUUCUAGAGAGUCCAAGAGACACCCAGCUGUGGAUCAAACUAGCCUUCAAAUACCUCAAUCAGAACGAAACGUCAGCAGCAGAGUGUUUGGAAGCGGCAUUGAACACCUUGUCUCGAGCUCUGGAGACGAACUGUGAGAACCCUGAGGUGUGGAGCCACUACCUGUCGCUCUUCUCCAGGCGAGGCAGCAGGGAGGAGGUCCAGGAGAUGUGUGAGAUGGCUGUGGAACACGCUCCAGACUACCAAGUGUGGUGGAACUACCUGAGGUUGGAGAGCUCGUUCGAGGGGAAGGACUACGUGUGCGACCGUCUGCUGCAGUUUCUGGUCUCCAAGGCGACUCCGUCCGUCACCGACCGGCUGUCCUUCCAGCUGAUGGAGGCUCUGCUCUACCGGGUCCAGCUCAACCUGUUCACCGGCCGCAUGGAGAGCGCUCUGGCCAUCCUCCAGAACGCCUUGAAAUCGGCCCACGACCGGAGCAUCGCCGAACACCUGACGGCCGGCGACCGAGCGCUGCUGUGGCUCUCCUACAUCCACCUGACGGAGUUCGACCGGCUGCCGGCCGGCCUGCUGGACCCGGUGGAGUCCGGUCCGUCCCGGCUGGUCAGCAGAGAGUCCUUCCUGCUGCCCUGGAGGACGCCGCAGGACGUCAGCACGCCGCUCCACAUCCUGGUGGCUCUGUUCAGAGACGCCGUCCGUCAGUGCACAGACGAGUCUCUGCCCCCGAGCCAGAGGACGCUGGCCUGCCUUCCUCUUCACAGCAACCUGCUCCUCCUCUACAGGCUGCUGGACAGGUUGGACGAGGGCGUCACUCUGUGCGAGUCUCUGCUGCUGCUCUGUCCGGAGUCCAGCGCUCUGAGAGACGCUCUGGCCGACCUCCACAUCAGGAAGGGGAACGCUGACGCGGCCGUCAGCAUGUGGCUUCACGCUCUGGCAGAGUGUCCCAACAACGCCCAGGUCUUCUACCACUGCUGCAGGUUCCUCAUGACUCAGGAGAAGUCCAGUGCCAUCGCUCCUCUGUUCCGAGGAUUCAUCCUGUCGCUGUGUGAGGACCAGCAGAGUCAGAAGAACCCGGUGGACGUUCUGCGGCACAUCCUGGGUUUCCCCACCGAGGAGCUGCUGAGAGGUCCCAUCAUCAAGGAGCUUCAGGAGCAGCUGGGUCAGCAGAUGCCCUACCUCCACCUCAUCCACUGUCGCUGGCAGUGGCUGCACAGCUCUGAGGACCAGACUGUGGACGCAUUCGAGAGAGCUCUGGGUUCAUCCAUGAAGAUGGAGGAGCUUCACCAACUGUGGAUGGAUUACCUGGUGUUCAGCAGCAGUCAUCAGGCUGGAGGUCCGUCCAAACUGUUCUCAGAUCUGGUCCAACGCUGUCUGAGCACCGUCCCGUCCCGACUGGAGGUUCCCUUCAACCCAGCAGAGUUUUGGAGCUGCUACAAUUUCCACAACAAGGUGGUGUCUCUCUACCUGAGCUGUCUGCCGCAGUCCCAGCAUGCACUUGUCCUGGAGAGACUGAGAUACGCCAUGCCCAACAACACUGAACUGGGCCUGAGGUUGCUGCAUCAGGAGUGGCAGGACGGAAACAUUGAACACUUGAAGUUCCAGGUCCGGAUGUUGAGCAGUCAGGCUCCGAGGUGUCUGUCCUACUGGGAGAUACUGAUAGCGGUGGAGAAGGAGCUGAAGGAGCCUUCAGAGGUCCGACGUCUGUAUCAGCAGGCUCUCCUUCACCUCCCGCUGAGUGCUGCCCUGUGGAGACAUCGCCUGCUGUUUGAAGCAGCAGAGGGAGGAGGCGUGGAGCGUCUGCGGCGGCUGGAGGUCAGAGGUCAUCAGGUGGGCGUUGGUCUCAGUUUAGACUCAGUGACUCAGUAGAUCAGUGAAGGGUGAGACGAGGUAAGAGAGACGCCCCCCUCCUGCCCCCCUCACUGAGGACCCCCCUGUGUGAACGUAAGUAUGGAGCUGCUGAGUGACUGUUGAUUCAUGUCCUCCUGUUUCGUUCUGUCACCUCUCAUUUGGACUUCAUUUCCUCCCCUUUGAUUUGAUGUUACCUGAGGGGGGGGGGGGCAGGC